AAACCGUCUCAUCUUUGCUCACUGAUUACUGACUGAUCUUUUUUACAACAAACUACACCAACAAUUUUGUGAUUCUCUGAUUUCACUGUCAAAUCAUUGUGCUCUUACAAUUGAUGUCUCGUAUCUCUCUUGUUAAGUAAUCGCAAGUAUUCCAUUUUAAAAUACCUGAACCUGAUUGUUCACAUCAACUGAAUCAGUUGGCUAGUUUCUACGCUCACUUUCUUCCCAUCAAUUCUUCACAAGGAAAACUUUUGAACAUUUGGUCAUCUACAGGAGCAUGCUGGAUGAUCUCUCACGGGAGAUGGCAACUCCUGAGCAAGAGGUGGAUCAGCUUCCACCAACUCAGCAAGAAAUAAAUGUGCUUCCUCCUGCAAACAUGCUUGAUGGUAAUGACUCAGAUACCAGAGAGAUCUCUAAUCAGGAGCCAGUGAUGAGAACAGAAGACGCAAUGGACUAUCUCAGCUUCCCCAUCAUACAGUACGAGAAGAAGAAAACCAUGGUUGAUGUAACAACUCAAACAGAGGCAGUGUCGAAAUUCCAAGCCAUCAUCAAUUUUGAACGGUUAAAUGCAAAGCAAAUUCUAUAUUUCACUGAAUUUUCUCAUGAUCAAUUCAAUGCUCUUUAUAAUUUCCUAGCCAAAAGUAAAUGUAUGAGCUCCGAGCUUUUGAGCAAGUAUAAGUUUAUCUGCCCCAUGAAUCAGCUUCUUAUGACAUUGUACAAAUAUCGGUUGAACCAAGACUUUAAAAUGAUAGGCGCUAUGUUCAAUGUCACACCGCCACUGGUGUGUAAAAUAUUUAAACACUGGAGUAAAAUAAUAAAUAUUUGUCUGAGUGAUAUUGAUUUUUGGUCGCUUGGAAAAACUGAUGGGACCAAAUAUAGAGUGUGUCUCCAUUGUGUGAAAGUUUUUUUCGAUUCAAUUCUACCAGUAGAUAGCGACUUUCGAAAGAAGAUUCACAGGGCACAUUACAGAUGUCUCAUUGGCAUCAAUGAGGGUGGCAUCGUCAUAUUUUGCUCAAAGCUAUUCAGUUGUGAUGUAAGUUUAAGACAGAUGUUCGAUUCCUCCAAUUUAUUAGAUGGAUUAAAAAAAGGGGAUGAAAUUUUAACUAGCUCAGAUUUUAGAAUAUCGGAUCUCUUGCAAGAAAGAGGUGUGACAGUAGACACAGCUCCGUUUAUUCAUAAUUCUGACUCAAUACCAUCAACAGCAUCAGCCACAGUACAAAUCUUAGGUAGAAAAAUACAUACGGAUCGAUUAGCUACUCUUGUUAGUACCUACAAAAUUUUAGCAGAACCUGUUGAAAAUGAAUCGCAAUCGAUAGGCUCCGAAAUUAUCUACAACUGUGCAAUGCUAUGCAAUUUCAGACCCAAGAAACAAUGAAGUUUUUCAUGGACCUAGCUCUCACUGCUCUCAUGCCAAAUUUGAGGGGCUUGGAAGACAAGUUGGAUUUGUGCAGUUUUUGAAAAAAAUGAUAUAUUAGUGAUUUCAACUAAAAUUAGUCUUACUUUAAAUAUAUUCUAAGUAAAAGUCACUACUAAAAUCCAACUUUUAAGCAUCAAAAAGUGAGUUUGAACUUGCUUUCCUCCAUAAGGCUUCAUGUAAUUUUGAAAAAAAAAAAAAAAAAAAAAAAAAAAAAAAAAACAUUUUCUUGUAAUGACAAAAACUGCACUUAUCCCUCUCGUGGUCCAAGCCCCUAUUUUGAGUCUGACUCGAAAACAACUUUAAUGUAAAGAAUGAAAUGUGCAAAUUUAUUAUCUGAGAUUGAUUACCUAUUUUACAAAAUCGUAGUGUAGUCAAUUUCAAAGAUAAAUUUUCCUGAAAGGAAAUACUUGAUGCCUUCCUCUCCCAAUAAUGCUAAAUUCCAUUAAUUCAGUCGGAAAAUAAUUUGUUUGUUUUUUCAACUUUUUUCUAAAAUUCAGGAAGCUUCAAGGUACACGUGAAUAUGGCCAUUCCUACUUAAAACUGGAAGUUCAGAAAUAGCUUCCUGUUUUUACAUUUUACUUCAAAUUCGUAUUUGAUACAUUCUCUCUGAAGUAGGGAGGCAUAACUUGUUCUAAAUAUUUUCAGGUAUUCUUUAUACUGAGCCCCUAUUCAGAUCUUUAUAAACGUAUGCUAAGUAUCCGUGCUGAAACUUCAGGAAUGCACGUUUCAUUUAUGGUGUUUCAAAAUCUUUGCUUCCAUUUAAUUCUAACAAAGGAGAACAUAUCAACUCUGUCGCUUGAAAUUUCACUGAAUACUCUUCACACAGAUGAACAAAUUUUCAAGAAGAGAUGUUGAGUAUUUUUCCAUUCAAAAAAUAAAGUAGACAGGAAAAGAGAAA